UCCCGAGAAAUGGUAUAAUAUUAAGAUAUUACGACAACAGAAAGACAGACUAACAGAACUCUCAUAUCAAACAAGCCACGCGUGGACUCGUCGUCUAUAUAGCCAUGCCGGCAUUAAGACCUCUAAGGCUAGUCAUGCACCUCGUGUUGCUGCUACGCAAAAUGCCGAUAUGGCUGGCGUUCCUGAGGCACAAAUUAGACGUGCUGGCAGAUGGAAUAUGGGAGACUCAAUGAUAGGCUGUUGUCUCACAUUGCUACCCUACGCGUUCAUGAGAGCCUCUGCCGAGUUAAUCCAGAAGGCAAUACCUGCAAUUGCAGAGAAAGUUCGUGGAGUUGAGGCUGGAAUCUAUAGUCUAAAGAAGACUGUAGAGACGGAGGUUUUAUCUCUUAAAGCAGAAGUCACGAGGCUGAAAGACGAGAUCCAAGAACGCAACAAGGCUGAGAUCACUAUAGUCACAACUAUCAGCCCUUUUGGCAGAACACAUUGUCAGACUGUUCGAUAUGAACAACAAGAAGGUAUUCCAACGUCCUCACAACAAAGGCAUUUUUCAUCCCCAGAGACCAGAGCCCCGGCAGCUACCAGAGCCCCAACGGCCAUCACGACAAUAACAGAGUUACCUCCACAGAUCGGAUUCCCACGAAAGUGGCGGCUACGUAAUGAGAGGCAACUCUUUUCUACUCGCAAACGGAUCGUCACUGAGGUGGUAUCUCGGUCACAGGCAAACGGCUGGUCAGAAGAUGAGUCGGCGAGACAGCUGGACGAGGAGAGAGGGCAACGCUCAUUGGAUUGGCUUUUUAAGCAACU